AUGGCAUCAAAUCUGAGUCCAGAAUUUGCCUAUACGGUUCUCUGUGUGAAGGAAGUAGCCAAGUCCGUUGCUUUCUAUGCCAAAGCAUUUGGCUAUCAUGUUCGUCGCUUAGACGAGUCUAACAGAUGGGGAGAGCUGGACAGUGGGCAGACCACGAUAGCCUUCACUCCGAUUCACCAACGCGAGACCGAUGAACGAAGUGGUGCAGUACAGACUCCCCAUUCUGACGGGGAGAGACCCCCCAUAGAAGUUUGCUUUGCUUAUACGGAUGUUGAUGCUGCUUACAAGAGGGCAGUGGAAAACGGUGCUACACCGGUGAGCAAACCAGAGGACAAGGAAUGGGGACAGAGGAUUGGGUACGUACGGGAUCUUGAUGGAAUAGUGGUGAGAAUGGGGAGCCACGUAGCGAAGCCCACAAAGCAAGAUUGA